AGGACUUACCCAGGCUUAAUACACCAGGUCUGGAGUCCUUAAAAUGUGUGUACAAGUAUAUAUUUCCUUGAAACUUGGAGAGCAUCACAAGAGGGAAAAUUAAGGACAGUGGCCAAGGGAGUCGUGGGUGAAGCUUACUGGGCUGUUGGCAAGGCUAAAACCAGAAAAAGAAGACACGACUGAUAAUAUCUGAGAGGAAGGAAACAGUGCAUCGUGCUGGGCCUCUGCAUGUAACAUUAUAAAAAUUAAUUUUUUUAUAGAUCAGCCUUUCAAACGAUUUCCAGAGAUGGAUUAUUUUGCUUUCCUUUUGGCUAUUCUUCAUGUAUACAAAGCUCUCUGUGAAGAGAUAUUUUGGGACACAACCAUUAAACUUGCAGAGAAUAUGACUCUGGAAUGCGUGUAUCCAUCCACGGACAUCUUGACGCAGAUGGAGUGGUUCAAGAUCAACUCGAUGGAAAAAGAGCCCAUAGCCAUUUUCAGCCCUACUCACGGUGUGAUCAUAAGGGAGCCUUAUGCUGAUAGGGUUUCCUUUUUGAAUUCCACGAUGGCUCCCAAUGAUAUAACCCUUUCUUUUCACAACGCCUCCGAAGCUGAUGUUGGCUACUAUUCCUGCUUCGUUCACACUUUCCCACAGGGAACUUGGGAAAAGGUGAUACAGGUGGUUCAGCCAGAUAGUUUUGAGAUAGCUGUGCCAUCAAAUAGCCACAUGGUCUCAGAACCUGGAAAAAAUGUCACACUCCUCUGUCAGCUUCAAACGAAGCGGCCGAUGCAGCAGGUUACGUGGGAAAAGAUCCAGCCCCAUCAGAUCGACCUCUUAACUUGCUGCAAUUUGUUCCAAGGCAGAAACUACACCUCAAAAUACCAAAGACAAAUCUUGACCACCUGCACCCAGGGCAGCAGGACGAGUUUCAUCAUCAUUCCGAACGUCACCGCCUCCGACUCGGGGCUUUACCGCUGCUGCUUCCAGGCCAGCACAGGAGAGAACGAAACCUUCGUUAUGAGGUUGACCGUAACCGAGGGUAAAACCGAUAACCAAUAUAUCCUCUUCAUGGCUGGAGGGACGGCUUUAUUGUUGCUGUUUGUUAUCCUAAUUACCACUGUCAUUGUCACUUCCUAUAACAGACGGAGGAGGAGACAGAAAAGAGACCUAUGUAAAGACUUCUGGGAUACACAGAAAAAGGCACCCAACAACUCUAGAAGUCCCACCUCUGCCGAUCCACCCACAGAUGAUGCAAGAGAGGAUAUUUAUGUCAACUACCCAGCCUUCUCUCAUAGACCAAAGGCUAGAGUCUAAGCUUUCCCUUGAUGUGGGCAAAUUAAUGACUAUUACAUACAUGAAUCUUUAUACAAUUUCUUCCCACUACCCAGUGUCUACCUUAGAUACUGGUUGACUGAAUUUAUUUCAUUUGGUAGGAAAAAUACUGUAUUACCUAGAGAACAUUCUUGACAGAAAUGUUUCAGAAAACCUGACUCUAAUUAGCUUAUACAGAAAAGGAAACUUACUGAAUCAUGUAAUGGAACAAUCCAGAAGAGAUUAAGCAUUAGACGAGGGUUUUCCUCCCUCCAGGGCUUAAAUGUUGUGUCCAGAAUCAAGUAUGGGCAUAAACUGGUUUUCUGGAUCCCCUUCCACAGUGUUGGAUCCACUUCCCUGGUGCUGGUCUAACUCUCACGCAGGCUUUCCCUCACGUCAAGACGGCUGCCUGUAACUCUUGGCAAUUCGUACAUCCUUGUUUCUGUCUGGUAGAGAGAUUGCUUUUCUAACAGGGCAAACAAAUUUGGUUAUUUUUCUAUCAUUAAACAGGUAUCAUGGCCAGAAAGGAUAAAAUGGCUUAAGUCAAUAAAGGGUUCUCCUCUAGAGCUGGGAGUGGGAUCAAAGCACAGAGAGGUGUCGUCAGAAGAGGGAAGGACAGCCUCGGAGCUGGGGAGGUUAGCAGCAGAUGCUGAAUGCAAUGAUGUUCCAAGACAUCUCUUGGUAAUCAACUAAACCGUGAAUGUGAGAUGGACUCUAGAAGUUGGGGAUCUCUAUUCCUGCUUCUAAAAUCUGCUAUCUCAGCAUAAUGCAGAAGAGUACCUGGCAGUAGACAAAAUGAAUAGUCAAGAGAAAGAUAAAAGUGGCAGGGAAAUCUCUUCACUUACCAAUCUCAAAUAUAUUCAUCCCU